GAUGUACUGUAUUACCUCUCACCGCUUACACCGGCACAGAAUUACGUUCCUAAGACUUUGAGUUUCACUUUACCACAUUUCUUUCCCAGUCUAUGUAAAAAAAUAGUGUUUGUAGAAGCCUAAAUACGUAUCCAACUCCGUUCCGGUAUGGCUGCAGUACAAAUUGGUAAACUUGCAUCGGUUCUUGCUCGUUGCUUGCCUUCAGACGUGAAGAACGCUACGAAAUUCAAAGUAAAGCUAGUGGAAUUUGACCAAAAUUUAAAUAUGCACUUUGCCAAACAUGUGACAGUUUAUGCAAGUGAUCCAACCAAUGCAUGCAAACCUGGUGAUGUUGUUUUGAUUGAUAAGUUACCUAAAAAGCUUACAAAGCACAUUACCCAUCAAGUUAAAAAGAUUGUUUACACCUUUGGUGAUAUAACAGACCCAAUUACAGGAAAGAAAGUUGUUGUUGGAAAAUAUCGUGAUGAAAUUGAGGCAAAAAAUGUUCUGUAUGGGAAAAACCCAUCUGGAUUUGACUAUGACAGGGCCCAGGACAGGGGAUGGCAGGCUGGAAAGAGAGAUUUCUCUGAUAAAGAAACUUAUAGAAAGUUUCAUAUGUUUGAUCAUGAUGAGCCAUAUGCAGUGUAGUAGAAGAUUUUGUGGACAUCUUUAUGUCAGUUAACAUAAUAAAAACAGUCAUGUUGUGUUUUAUGUUUAUUAUUGUAGUAUAACAAGUACACAAUGAUUUCGUCAGGUACAUCUCUUCAACCAUUCUGUUUUGGCUGAGAUCAGAUUAGAAUUUCAUGGAGAGGCUUUUGAGGGAAGGGAACUAAAACUCAAUCUUCUUCACUUAAGAAUUCUCGCUCGAGAGCCUGACCAGCUAAACAUAGUUCUGAAUCUUCUGGUUCUUCAUCUGUUUCUAAAUCCUCAACUUCUGGCUCGUUGUCGUCUUCGUCGUCAGGAUCAUCGACGUCAACUUCAAGGUCAGGAAUAUCUUCACCUCUUCGAAAUUUUGUCAUGAGUGAAUCGUUUUCUGGACUGUCUUGUUCAAUCACUUCACCAAUUACUAAAUCGUGAUCUGCUA